AGAAGGGAUAAAACGUGUAGCACGCAUUAGUCUGGGUGUAGUGUUUGGCAGUAGACGUGGACAUCAUCUUGCUAGGAAUUGCAAACUAAAAUUGACGAGGAUGUGGACUUCACAAUUAUCUCAACUAGUGGUGUCAGUUUCGUUGCUUUUCAUCAUCGACUCUCCUGGGGCAGUAGGUUCAGAUCUGUGGAACGGCGGUAAAGUAGUGGAUGGAAAAUGUUUUCUGAUGGUAAGAGAGGAAGCUACUUGGACCAGUGCCUUGUCAGCAUGUCAUUACAUGGGGGGGACUCUUGCAACGAUUACAUCAUUAACACAGUUGGCGGCCCUAAGAGCAGCGUUUAAUAUUUAUGACAGAGACUUCUGGAUUGGUGCAAAUGAUCUAACGACUGAAGGAACCUUUGUUUGGACUGAGGAUCUGAGCUCGGCUAGUGUGAUAUAUAGUUGGUGGGACGUUGGAUCUCCGGACAUAAUGGCCGGAAACAUAUUCGACUGCGUCCAAAUGAGACAGAAUAACAUGGUGCUCGACCACGUAUGCAAUGGUUACGCAACCUUCUACAUGUGCAUGGAACCCAAUUCACGUACUACAAAAUGUAUUGCUCCAACAACAACAGAGGAUGUUACCACGGCAACAACUGAAACUACAACACUCUCGGAUACUACUACGUCAUUUGAAACUACUAUGGGUAUGUUAUUAAAACUUGAGCAGUGA